UCACAUGAUGUAACUAAUGGUACAAUUCUUAGGGAAACACAAAACUCAUUAACGGUGAAAUACACCCACCCUUCCCACCACCGGCGACCCCAACCAAUCAUCCUCCGUCUCAUCCUCCUCCUCCUCCUCCUCCUCUCUCUCUUUCUCUCUCUCUGCCGGAGCAGCUGCUAAUCUUAUUGCUUGGGUGAAGUCUCUUCGAAGCUGCUCCAAGAUACUUCCCAAGAGGGCCUCGUAAAUCUCUGAAACGGCUCUGCCUCGCGAGCAGUACAAGUAACACAAGCAACAUUUUUCUUCUAUGUCUUAUGAAAAAGGGCUUGCUGUUGCCAGAAAAGCUGCCUCUCUCACUGCUCACCUCUGCCAUAAGGUACAAAAGGUGGUUGUGGAGUCGGGCACUCGUUCAAACUCAGAAAAAGUUAAUACUGCCGCAGCAGCAGGUUAUGAUAGAGCUGCGGAAAGAGUACAAGAAUAUGCAGAUCAUUCUGCUGUUGCCAGUGCUGCCGCUGAUGGUGUCAAUAGUGGCAUUCGUAAAAUGAAAUUGGCAGAGAACUUAGCCUGUCUGGUGGAGCAGUCCUCUCAUAUCGAUGAGAGAAGACCCAAGGGCCGAAUGGAACUGAAGAGGUGUCUUGAAUUGCGCAUAAAGAAGAGAGUGAAGGAACAAUACAUCAAUGGGAAGUUUCGAGACCUAAUGGUAAAAGUAAUUGCCAAUCCAGAAACUCUUCGAGAUGCUUAUGAUUGUAUUAGACUCAACUCAAAUGUUGAUAUAGCAUUAAGCGAUGCGAAAAACUCUUUUGAUUCUAUGGCUGAAAAGAUGCGUCAUGGGAGUUUUGAUGUUAAUGCCAAUACCUUUUCCAUCUCAAAAAGGGGUGUAGGGAAUGAAGUCUUAGUACUUCCUAAUCUAAAUCUGAAGGUCAUUCAAGAAGCCAUCAGAGUUGUUAUUGAAGUUGUUUACAAGCCCGACUUCUCUAAGAUUUCACAUGGUUAUCGAAGUGGGAGGGGACAUUCCACAGCUCUGAAGUACAUUAGCAAGGAGAUUUCAAAUCCUGAUUGGUGGUUUACAGUGCUCUUAAAUAAAAAGCUAGAUGCUUGUAUACUUGGCAAACUCUUAACAGCAAUGGAGGGCAAGAUGGUAGACCCCAGCCUCUUUGAUAUGAUCAAAAGCAUGUUUCAUGCCAAUGUGCUCAACUUGGAGUUUGGCGGUUUCCCGAAAGGUCAUGGUCUUCCACAGGAGGGAGUAUUGUCCCCUAUAUUAAUGAAUAUAUAUCUCGACGAAUUUGACCGUGAAUUUUACAGAUUGUCGAUGAAAUAUGAAGCUCUCAGUCUAGAUUCUCAAAAUGAUCAAAAGUCCCAGUCUAAGCUGCGCGGCUGGUUUAGGAGACACCUGAAAGGUAAUAAUGAUCUUGGCUGUGCGGGUGAGGAGAGUUGUAGCGCAAGGGUCCAUUCUUGUCGCUUCAUGGAUGAGAUUUUUUUUUCGUUUUCUGGUUCUAAGGAUGCUGCUCUUGAGUUCAAAUCUGAGGUCCUAAAUUACUUGCAGAAGUCUUUGCACUUGGAAGUCGAUGAUCAAACAGAAUUAUUGCCAUGUCAAAAACCGCAUGGGAUUCGCUUUUUAGGCACUUUGGUUAGAAGAAAUGUGAUAGAAAGUCCUGCCACAAAAGCAGUCCACAAGUUGAAGGAAAAAGUUGCUUUGUUUGGUCUACAGAAGCAAGAGGCCUGGAAUGUUGGGAUGGUUCAUAUAGGGAAGAAAUGGUUAGGUCAUGGUUUGAAGAAGGUCAAGGAGUCAGAGAUCAAGCAUUUAGCUGACAGUAGUUCUGUUCUGAGCCAAAUUUCCCAUUUCCGUAAGUCUGGUAUGGAAACUGAUCAUUGGUACAAGCACUUGUUGAAGAUAUGGAUGCAAGACGUCAAUGCCAAAGCAGAAGAGAGUGAGGAAGCUGUCCUGUCUAAGCAUGUAGCAGAACCAGCUCUACCCGAAGAGCUAACAAACUCCUUUUACGAAUUUCAGAGACAGGUGGAAAAGUAUGUUUCUUCUGAGACCUCUUCUAUUCUUGCCCUUUUGCCGAAUGCCAGUUCUUCCACUGAAUCUGUCGUCAUCACUGAGAUAAUUGCUCCUGUUAAUGCCAUUAAAAAGCGUCUCCAACGAUAUGGAUUGACCACAUCUGAUGGUUAUCCCCGUAGAUCAUCUUUGCUUGUUUUACAAGAUAAUGACCAAAUCAUCGACUGGUUUUCAGGUAUUGUUCGCCGUUGGCUGAGAUGGUAUGCUGAGUGUGUAAACUUUAAUGAGGUAAAGCUGUUGAUUUCGGAUAUAGUUAGAAAAUCUUGCAUCCGAACUCUUGCAGCGAAGUAUCGUGUGCAUGAAAAUGAGAUAGAAAAACGUUUUGACACAGAACUAAGCAGGAUUCCGUCUACCCAAGAAAUAGAACAAGAGAUGGUUGAUGAGACAUCAGAUACUCAGGCGUUUGAAAACGAUGAGGCAUUAAUGUAUGGAAUUUCUUACAGUGGCUUGUGUUUACUCUCCCUUGCAAGAAUGGUGAGCGAGUCAAGGCCUUGCAAUUGUUUUGUGUUCGGGUGUAUGGCUCCAGCACCGAGUGUUUAUACCCUUCAUGUCAUGGAAAGGCAGAAGUUUCCGGGGUGGAAGACGGGGUUCUCCAGUUGCAUUCAUCCCAGCUUGAAUAGGAGGAGAAUUGGAUUGUGCAAGCAGCAUUUGAAGGAUUUGUAUCUUGGUCAUGUAUCACUUCAGUCCGUUGAUUUCGGGGCGUGGAAAUGAUUUGCUUAAAUUAAAUAUAAGCUUAUUCAGCAACA